GCCAUUUAUAUUAUAACUUCUCGUGUCUAUAACUAGUUUUGAGUAAGAAAAAAUAGCUGAUAAAUAUUUCAGCAAUUCAAUGCCUUAUGGACUUAGAAUAAAAAUGAUUUUCGCAUCUUAAUAUAAAUAAUAUAAAUUUAUUACGGAAGUUUUUAAAUAUUUUUGUCUGUGUGAUUCUAGUUCUACAAUAAAAAUGUUCAACUAUAAAUAUUUAACAAAGGAACAUUUGAAGGGAUUCGAUAAUUAUAAGUACAAUGCAAUCGACACGAGUCCUCUCAGCCGAUAUGUGAUGCAUCCUACAUGGAACUUCUCUGUUAAGUUUAUACCGAAAUGGAUAGCACCAAACGUCCUGACAUUCGCUGGGUUUCUUUGCAUGGUGCUGUGUGCGCUGAUAGUCCUGGCGUACGAUUAUGAUUGCACCGCGUCGGGUCGUCCCGGGGAGAACGAGAUAGAAGAGUCGAUCUUGUCACGUGUUGUGUUCACUGUUUGUGCGUUUCUGAUAUUUAUUGCUUAUAAUUUAGAUGGUAUGGAUGGCAAGCAAGCGAGGCGGCUGGGCUUGUCUGGUCCUUUGGGAGAAUUAUUCGACCACGGUCUGGACUCCUACAUCGUGUUCCUCAUACCCUACUGCUUGAUCUCCGUGUUUGGAAGGGACCAAUACUCGACCACCGUAUUCAGAGCGUACCUGAUAGUAAUGAGCAUUGUGCUCAAUUUUUAUGUAAGCCAUUGGGAAAAGUACAACACGGGGACGCUGUAUCUGCCAUGGGGAUAUGAUCUCAGUAUGUGGGCUUCCUCUCUGCUAUUUCUGCUGGCUGGUAUCAAAGGUCCGGCCGUGUAUAAAGUGAUCUUGUUCGGUAACGUUAAAUUUGUCGACGCGUUGGAAAUGACAAUUCACGCCACGGGUUUGUUCACCACGUUACCUGUUGCCAUAUAUAAUGUAUAUCUAUCAUACAAGAAUAAAACCGGUCACAUGUACUCGUUGCCAGAAUCUCUUCGACCUAUUUGGGGGAUGUUAAUCAUGACCGUCACUAUGACGGUGUGGGUUUUGUGUUCACCAAACGAUAUCCUCGAAAAGGACCCUAGAAUGGUUCUUCUCGCUUUUGGAACACUAUUCAGUAAUAUUAGUAGUCGACUCAUAGUCGCUGAGAUGAGUGAGCAGAGAUGCGACACAAUCAGCUGGAUUAAUAUACCUCUGAUAACUGCAGUUGUGAUAUCAUUCUACCUACCACAGUUUGAGAUCACUGCGUUGUAUGUGAUCCUAGUAUUUGCUGUAGCAGCUCAUGUACAUUACGGUGUUUGUGUGGUCCGUCAAAUGUGCGAGCACUUCAAGAUUAAUUGUUUUAUCGUGCCAAAAGAAAAACGGAAAUGAUUUUCAAAUUCAGUACAUUUAAUUAAAAAC